AUGAUCUACAGUACCAUAUUCCACCUUUCCGCCAAACAAGAAGCUCUCCAUGCUUCCCUCAUAGAACUUGCCGAGAAGAAGGCGGCCGGGAUCCCGACCUCGAAGCCACCCCCGGUGACUGUCUUCACGUACCCCCUCGUCUCGGCUUCGCCCCCCUUCCCGUUCGAGGCUGGACCCCCGAUCGACCACGCGAGCGGGAAGAUCAGGACGAUCGCUCCGCACUUACGCUCGGCGAACAACCUUUCGUACACGCGGACGCUUGCGCUGCUUCGAAGGGAACUCGGACCACACUUCCCGCUCGAGAAGCUCUGGGAGAAGCACGCGUACUACGAAUUCGAGGAACGGGAUGCGCUCAGUACCGUCCCUGGCCUGCAGGUCUUCACGCCGUAUGUGAACCACGUUGCCACGAUGACCGGAGGCGUAGGAUAUGAGGAAUUAGCCCGGUUCUACAAGUAUCACUUUGUCAAGGAGGAUGUCACCCCGUCAGACACUGAAUUGAUUACGGUUUCUCGCACGAUCGGCGCGGACAGAAUCAUCGACGAGAUGAUAUUUAAAUGCACUCACACGACUGAAAUCGACUACUUCUUGCCGGGCAUCAAACCUACUGGCAAGCGGCUGGAAAUAGCACUGGUGGGCGUUGUCGCGUUUAGAGGAGACAAACUGACGUUCGAGACGCGUAGCUACUGGGACCAAGCGUCUCUUCUCGUACAGCUCGGCCUCCUUGAUCCUACAGGGUUGCCGGUUGCAGGUGCAGAGGUCGCGCACAAAGUGGUCGACCCGUUCGGUUUGCCCAGCAACACAUUACUGGCCAGGUGGAAGGAAAGCGAAGGCAAACCGGUUGAUUGA